UCUCUGCUUGGCGUAGUUGGCUGUUGUGACGUCUCGAUGGUGUGAUUUCCUUUACUCAAAAGUUUUAUUACCGGUUGCCGCCACAGCAAUAAGCACGCGUGUUGCUUUUUUAUUUUAUUAAGUUAAUAUUCUGCAAGUUCGAAACUUGAAGAUAUAAUUUUAAUAAAAGCUAGAACCCAUAACACAACUUUUUGUUUGUGCACUACGAAGGUGAACCAGAACACCGGUGUAGCUCUUAUUUCAUGGUGAAUUGCGUAAAAUAAUUUCGCUGAAGCAUACGAAAUGUGCUCCAUAUAAGCCGCUUUUAAAUAGUGUGACUGUGAAACGAGAAAAUUUAAUACAUCAUAGAAGGUUACUUGUGAUUUGAAGAAUGGAGGACCUUAGUUUUAUACCUGAUAUUCCGAAGGGGCCCCUGGAUGUUUAUAGAAAAAAUGUGUCCUUCGAUUGGAAGUAUCUAAAGCUUGCAUUAGAGGGAGAUAUUAAUUUGUUGAAAUUGAAGUACAAAAUCUGGCACACCCUGGAGAAGGACCCAUUAUUCGCACACCAUGCAGUCUCACCGCAGAUGGAGGAGCAGAAGCGAAUCACCCAGCUUCAGCUCAAGAGAAUCAACGAGUACAAAUUCUUAACCAAGGAGAUGUUCAAAUCUAGUUAUAGCAAAAGAACGCGAGCCUUGAUGACCAUCAAUGAGGCUGUCCAGUCUCUCAAUCCGAGUUUAUCCGUCAAGAUGGCGAUUGGUAUAUACCUGUUCUCAAACGCGUUGCUGUCACUGGGCACGGAGCGCCAUUACAAGUUCUAUGAGGCGACCAUACUCGAUAGAGAGAUUCUCGCGAGUUUCUCGCUGACGGAGAUCGCGCACGGCUCUGACGCCCGUCUGAUGCGGACCACGGCCACGUACGACCCCACACAGAAGGAGUUCGUCAUCCACACGCCGGACUUCGAAGCCGCCAAAUGCUGGGUUGGUAAUCUAGGCAGGUCAUGCACCCACACGCUUCUAUUCGCUCAGCUGAUCACGCCUGAUGGAGAGAACCAUGGCUUGCACGGCUUCGUUGUCCCUGUACGCAACCCUGACACCCUGGAGACGUAUCCUGGACUCAUCGUGGGAGAUAUGGGGGAAAAGAUAGGAGUUAACGGAAUUGAUAACGGAUUCAUAAUGUUCAACCAGUACCGGAUACCGCGCGAGAACCUGCUGAACAGAACCGCUGACGUCGCGGAGGACGGCACCUACGAGAGCUCCUUCUCCGACCCUUCUAAGAUAUUAGGCGCUGCGCUCGAGAAUUUAUCGGCAGGUCGUAUCGGCAUAAUGCAAGAGAGCUGCAACUCCAUAUCCAGUGUGGUCACGAUAGCGGUCAGAUACGCCGCGUCCCGGAGGCAGUUCGGCGAGAGAGACGACGAGAUACCUCUGAUCGAGUACGAGAUGCAUCAAUGGCGUCUGUUCGGAUACGUAGCGGCGGCGGUGGUGUUCAAGAUAUACAUCGAGAGCUUCACCAGAACAUACACCAGCAUUGUGGAGAAGUCUAACGCUGGACUGAAAGUGGACAACCUGAGCGAGGCGGUUUCAGAGAUACACGCGAUGGUGUCGUGCUCCAAGCCGCUGCUGACGUGGACCACACUGCGCGCCGCACAGCAGUGCAGGGAAGCCUGUGGGGGACACGGUUUUCUCAAGAGCGCAAACCUAGGCGACAUCCGAAGCAACCACGAGCCGACAGUGACGUACGAGGGAGACAACAACGUGCUCUCGCAGCAGACCGGCAACUGGUUGCUGCGCCAGUACCGCGCGGCCAGCGCUGGACAACAGCUGGACACGCCGUUACGUACUGUCGCGUUUUUGGACAAUCACGAACAGAUUAUCAAGAGGAGAUUCGGCUGUAGAGGGAGUGAUGAGUUGAAAACUUCUGAAUUCAUAAUGUCGACGUACGAAUGGCUCAUAUGCUGGCUUCUAAAACAGACACACGACAAAUACGAAGCGGAAAUAGCAAAAGGAUUAACAAAAUUCCAAGCAAGAACUAAAGCGCAAGUGUAUAGAUGGAAAGUGUUAACUGAAGUGUACGCCGAAUACCUAGUCUUGAUAUUUAGCUUAGACUCCAUAGAGAAAAAAGAUGUGACAUUACAACCCGUUUUGAAGCAGUUGUUUUUGCUCUAUGGUCUGUGGUCGUUGGACAAGCAUUUAGUGGAGUUGUAUCAGGGUGGGUUCGCGGUGGGGGAGGCCUGUGCGAGAUUGCUGAGGGACGCCAUCUUGGAAUUGUGUGCGGGACUCAAGGAUCGAGUCGUGUCGGUCGUGGACGCGCUCGCGCCGACUGAUUUCGUUUUGAACUCUGUUUUGGGCAAGAGUGAUGGUAAUUUGUAUCAAAACCUGCAAAAGGCGCUUUAUAGCAACCCGGGCACCUUCGAGCGCGCCUCCUGGUGGCGCGAUGUGGUAAACAUGCCGCCUUCCAAACUAUAAAUAGAACUUAUACAAUUGUUUAUAGGAAUAUGACGAAUUAUUUUCUUUUUGUGUGCAUGAGUCUGUUUGCAAGUUAGGAAUUAAAUUCUAUCGUCAAGUUUGUACCCGAUACCCUUAUCGAGCGCCAAAUAGAUUAGUUGCCAUUAAGGGUACUUAUUCCAAAUGUCAAAAAUAUUUUUUUUAGUUUAUCCAUACGGACAGGCAAAGGUCUAAGCCCAUACAGCCAUCGUCUGUACUUUCUUACUUUACUUAAUGAUGUUGUAAUAAAUUUAAGUGUCAAUUUCACUUCAAUUUUUAAUUUUAUAGCAAUGUCAAGGUUAAAAAAGACACUCUAAUUAUCACUAAGAAGAAGAAUGUUGAAAUUUGACUUUAUGGUACCAUUCCUCCCGGAAAAUAUAACUGUUCACACGGUUAAGAUAUAACUAUGGAAAAAUCACGCAGGAGCCGCGGUAAUACACUAAAAUGAGAACUAAAAAAUACUUAAUCGUAAAAUAUAAUAAUACAAAAUAAAAUUAUAUUUAAUCAUCGUGUUUCAUUAUGUACAUUUAUCCAUACCUUUUGUUCAGGCAACUAACUCUAUUCUGACACAAUGAAUUUAUUUAUCGCGUACGAAUUUGAUGGCUUAUACAAUACAGGUAUUAGAAUAUAGACAAGUCUACCAUUUAUAGUAUAGUAUCAUUGUAGAAUGUCAAGAAAGUGAAAAAAUAUACGGCUUUUUGACGAACUAAAUUUUUUUUGCCAUUGCAUUGGUUGAUAAAUGCCCAGUGUUGACAGCCAACAGGAAACAGCGCACUCAUUGAAUUUAUUUACUUUCUUGACACUGUAUGUAGGUAGACAAGUGAAAUAUAUCAUAAAAUAGUCAAAAAUAUAGCAUACUGUUUUAUUUAGAGCACAAAAUCAAGGCUCAUGUCUAGAUUGUAAUUUUGUUGAGUUUUAUCUGUUUUUACUAUAUGUUUCAUGUAUAUACGUGCGAAUACUGCACAAGUGCACACUAGCGCCACUGUGUUAGCCGGUGCUUGGAAUUAUAUAUUCUUAUUUAAAUUUCAUUAAAUAUAAUCGCUGUAUUUUCUAUAUAUAUAUAAAAGUUUUACUCGAAACAUUUACAUUUUGACUAUAUUUUAUCAUUGUGAAAUGUUGCUAAAAAUGAAAUAAUAUUCACAAUAAUAUUUUAUGUUUUAAUCUAGAGCAAAUAUAUAAAACUUCUAAUUUUUUAUUGAAAAAAGUAAAAAAUAUAUAGAUCCACGCUCUGAAUCUUUCGCAUGUAGAAUAUUAAAUAAUGUAAGAUAAAAUAUAUACAAAGAUAGUGGUGCCAUCUAUCUUCAAAUAGUUAUAACAAUAAUAAUAUUCCUCACCUCACCUCACCUCGUCUCCACCUGCACAAUUUGAAGGUUUUAUUUAUUAAUCUGUGAUUUUUUUCUGAGAUAUAUAGAAAUAACAGGGUUUACAAAUAAUGCUUUGGUUUACUGUUGCACCAGCUCCACGCUGUCGCCGAACUCGGACACGUGCCGACGCGAAUGCGUGAACAUUGCUUAGUUCGUAUGAGUGCUUUUAUUUACCGCAAUGAAAAAUCUGCAACUUAUACCAAAUCCGCCAAAGAUUGGCAAACCGUUUGACGACAGUGUGGAGUCUGCAUUAUAUAAAUAAGAAAACGUGAAGAAACCAAUCGAACAUGGCCACGCUAAAGAAAACUAUUAUUGACCAAAAAUGGGUUAAUGAUGUCUAAUUUCUAUUUUCAAUUUAAUUGAAAAUAAUAGAAUAAUGUUCUCAAGUAUUAAUAGAUACGCUAUUAGUAUAUUUAAAUAAUUUUUUUAGUGUACAACAACUACACCUCAAAGAAAUUACAUAGGUGAUAAACAAGAUCGAAUAACGAUAAUGACCAAGCUUGUUUUUCUAAUUUAUUUUUAUAUAAUUAUGUACACACAGUAAAUUAUACAAAGCUAGUACAUUUGCUUAGCAAAUUACUUCCAUUAUGUCCGAAAUAAGGCUUUUUUUAAUGAAAUUCAUUUUUUUUAGAAACUGAAAUAUUGCUUUCAGAAUCAUAUUUAUUAAAGAAUUUCUCUUAAUUUUUUAUUGUGUGAAAGUCAACAUAAGCAAAUUUGCACAAGUUGGUCGAAUGUACUAAAAUUAUAUAACAUAUAUUUUACCUUAUGUUUUAUAUGCAGUUGAUCACUCACUCGUUAGAAGUGCCUUCCUCUAUUAUGUGUAAUGAAUGUUUAAAUUAUACCAUGUGUUAUGUAUUGGUUAUAUAAUAUAUUGUUGAAGCGGUGGCUUCAGGUAUUAAAAAUAUUAUGGAACUAA